AAAAAAUCCGUUAUCAGUUGUGGCCUCAGGCGAACGGUUGCCCCGCCCCCGUUUGUUUAUUACUUUACUCAGCCCGUACCAACCGGCGAAUCAACCCUUCCCCGGCGCAUCAUCGGAUCCCUCAUUUCUCCAACUCUUGCAACCCAGGGACUAUGGCGUUCUUCUUCAAUCGUGGCCGGUCGCGUCAACCAGCGGAUGUGGUCCGCUCCACAAAGGAAUUGCUGCUCAGGGUCCAAGAAUCACCAAACAACCAAAAGGCCGAUGAGGAGCUGGCAAAGCAGCUCGGUCAGAUGAAGGUCAUUGUACAAGGAACACAAGAGAUCAACACAUCACCCGAUCAGGUCCACGCUUUAGUCCAAGCAACUUUACAGGAAGAUCUACUCUAUGAUCUAUCACGGAAUAUUCACCUUCUCCCCUUCGAAGCCCGGAAAGACACGCAGACCAUCUUCUCUCAUAUCCUACGUUUCCGCCCCGCCUCGUAUGCGACCGAUAAAGACCCUCCGGUCAUCUCUUACAUCGUUCACAAUCGACCAGAGAUCCUUGUUGAACUAUGUCGGGGGUACAUGCAGAGCCAAAGUGCCAUGCCAUGCGGUGUGAUUCUACGAGAGGCCCUCAAGUUUGACGUGGUCACAGCGGUGAUAUUAUAUGACCAGUCACAUGAAGGCGAACCUGCGGUCCGGCUCUCGGAAUUAAAGCCCAACCUUCCACAGAAUGGUGAUGGUGUGUUCUGGAACUUCUUUGAGUGGAUUGAUAAAAGCAAUUUUGAAGUCAGCGCCGAUGCCUUUACAACUUUCCGGGAAAUCUUAACGCGCCAUAAGAGCUUGGUGACUGCAUAUCUUGCGACCAACUUUGAACUGUUCUUUGGGCGAUUCAAUAAUAUCCUUAUCCAGUCUGACUCCUAUGUCACCAAACGACAAAGCAUUAAGUUGCUGGGUGAGAUCCUACUGGACCGUGCCAACUACAAUGUGAUGAUGGCCUAUGUGGAGAGUGGGGAUAACCUCAAACUAUGUAUGAAGCUGCUGCGCGAUGAUCGCAAGAUGGUGCAGUACGAAGGGUUCCACGUUUUUAAGGUAUGUCAGGCUCGCCGAUCCACCGUCCGUCAUCUGGCGAUCUGCGAUCCACGAUCCAAGGGGGAGAAUGCACUGACCGAAACAGGUAUUUGUCGCCAACCCGAACAAAUCAGUAGCAGUACAGCGAAUUCUCAUCAACAAUCGCGACCGACUAUUGAGAUUCUUGCCUAAGUUUUUGGAAGACCGAACGGAUGAUGACCAAUUUACGGACGAGAAGAGCUUUUUGGUGCGCCAGAUUGAACUCCUUCCCAAGGAGCCAGUCGACCGGGGUCGGCCUACUCGGGAAUCCUAGUCUGGGGCCAACACGGCCGUGGUGGCUUAAAAUGACAUGAAUCUAAUGCUGGGCCGUUGGUUUGCAAUGACCAUUCUAUGCUAUUUUCUUACGUCUCCUUCUUCGGGUUUGACCUGUCUUCCAUUCCACGCUUCGAAGAUAUUUUGUUGGUCGAGCUGGGGUUGUUUGCACCCCUUUGCAUUUGGCAGCUAAUGGCCUACUAGAUUUACAGCCUCGGCUAUGGGAGUUUCACGCGAUUCUUUUAUUUCGGUGUACAGUGUAGAUGUGUUUAUUAGGGGUCUCUAUUAGGUUGUGCCAGAAUUGAACAGGUUCUUGGUGGAUAACAAUAUACUUCAUCCUUCAUAA